CCCGGGUGAUCCAAGAAGGUUGGAACUUGGUUGGACGGCGUCUCCUCCGAGCUUCAGGUGUCGCGCAGACGGAGACAGUCGCGUCACGCCGACGCACGCACGGCGACAGGGGGGAGGGACGCGCGACGUCGCCACGUCACGGGGCGUGGGACGGUUCUGAAUGGCUCAGUCCUGGUUACGCCGGGUAGUAAUUGAUGGGUGCCGGGGUGCGUGCUUUCCACCAAGGGAGAUCAGAAGAGCGAUAAAGCCCGGCGGGCCGGCAGCUCAGCGCCACGGCUCACAUCAUGACGCCGUUCUAGGGGGUGACAAGCCUUAAUCAGCUGCGCAGCCAAUCGGUCGGGGCUCCUGAGAGAUAAAAUUCCCAGACUUGAGCGGUCAUGCGUUGUCCCCGCGCCACGGCGGCGCUGCUUCAAUAAACUUCUUCAUUUCAAUGCGCAUGUAAAGCACUAUUUAAACUGUUGGCAGCCGCUCGCCCGCAGGACUAGCGCUCGGACUUCCUGCACGGUUAGGACGUGACUGCCAGGCUCGCGCUCCCACACCAACCACACCGCGCGUACACACGGACUAACCGCAGAGCUCACUACAGAAGCACACGGCUAAUUCUGCAGGCACUUCACGGGCGCUAUAGCAGGACAGAUCAAGGAAAAGGGAUGGCGGCACGGCAGGUGGGGGAGGCGGUCUGCGUGGCGGCCCUGCUGCUGAUGGUAGGGGGAGUCCACCUGGCGGCGGCGGACGGAAGCAGGUGGCGGGACGACGAGGGGACUCCUCCCGAGGAGGGGGAGGACUUGGAGCUGCUGGCGUUCCGCGGGCUCCGGUCGGGGGAGGACGGGGCCGUUCCCGACAGCGGGUUUCUGCCGACCCUGCCGGUGUUCAGUGGAUUUACCGCUGCGGACUCCCGGGAACCUAGUAUUUCUACUUCUUAUUUCGACGACUCGUCUGAGGAAGGGUCUUCAGACGAGGACGAAGAGGACGGGGAGGAGUUCGACACGCUUUCUGUGAUUCGCGGCGUGCAGAAGCACGCGGAACUCCAACACGACGACGACGAUUUCGUCGAUGAUGACGACGACCGCAAGUCGCGACGGAAAGGCCGUCGGCGGUCUCGGACGCGGAAAGCAGGCGGCAGGAAGCCCCGGCACAGCGCGUCCUACAUCCCGGACCCCGACAAGGACAUGCCGAACGAGAGCGACCAGCAGAUCGACGAGCGGGAGAUUCUGAAGUCCUCCCGCCGCGCUCUGGUCGUCACAGAACGGAAGUACCUGAAGCAGGACUGGUGCAAGACGCAGCCGCUCCGCCAAACGGUCCGCGCCAAGGGAUGUCUCUCCAGGACCAUUAUCAACCACUUCUGCUACGGACAGUGCAACUCCUUCUACAUCCCCAAACACGUGCGCAAGGACGCGGAGUCUUUCCAGUCCUGCGCCUUCUGCAAACCCCACAGGUACAGCAUGAUCACCGUGACGUUACGCUGCCCCAACCUCACCCCAAACUUCAAACGGAAAAGAAUACAGAGAGUCAAGAAGUGCAAGUGCAUGUCCGUCAUAUUGGAAUAACUUGUAAAAAAGGUGUUUCAACAGACUUGUCGCAGCUGUGGCAAAAGUAAGUUAACACUCGGGUCCAAAUCCCAUGUUGGGAAAAAACCUCAGAAACGAAACUAGCAUAUUUAUUCGUCAUAUUAAAUGUCAGUGUGACGUGAGAGUACAACACGUUGUCUGGGCAAGUGCUUUGGAUAUACAACCACAGAGCGUUCCACCUGGACAUCCCAGUCAGGACAACAGGACCUUAUCUCAUUUCAACCACCUGCGUGCGUUCGCCCCAGGGCCAAGGGCGCCCUCGUAUCGCCCCGCCCCUCCCCCGGAGGGCGAGCGGACAGUAUGGGCGGUACGUCCACGCGGUAAGACUGCAUAUAUAAUAAUGGCUUGUACAGAUAUAUAAAACUAAAUAGACCCUCCUUCUCACCGCAAAAUGACUUGAUGUAAAUAUUGAUGUACGUGUGACUCAGUUAUACCUAUUUCUAGUAGAGGAGAGUUUGCAAGAAGAAACCUCACACGGAAUCAGCCUGUAGUUACAGACAAACCGUGAGAUUUAUUAUGUGUGACGUUAAUAAUGCGACAUCGCGGGACCUUCCAACGGCGGGCCAAUUCUCUCAGUGAUUUACCGUGAGUUUCUACAAGCACGACCGCCGCCAGGGCCGGCACGGAACACUAACUAUAUUACUAAUACUUGUGUGCAAGGACUUUGGUUCAUUCCAAAACACGCAAAAACAAAGGGUUUAGACCGCCAUUGUCGUUUUCGGACAUUCGGUACGUACAAUUUUAGUAUUUAGAAGACCAGGACUUUUCUGUACUUAUUUGACGGUUGAAAAACAAUAAUUUCCGGCGACAACUAUUUUUAAGUAUACAAUUAUUGUACAAGUUUGUAUAUAAAGAAUAGGAACUAUUUAAAUAAAUUGAGUUCUGGUGAUAACUUAACACGCUUCUCAGUGACUGCCUUUCCUUUAUUAAGCAUCUCCUAUUGCACAGUAGCCGCUGUAGUUCCCACAUGCACCUAUCAGUGCUGACCUAAAGGAGCAACAAUCUGUCUGGGGUGGGGUGGGGUGUGUGUGGCAUCAAUUGGUAUUGAUUCAACUCACUACAUCAAAAGUAAGACCAGAAACUUGACUUGUAAAAUGACUGCCCUGAAAUUGCAUUGAAUGCCUUAAGUCAAGGCAUGUUGUAAAUGUACAUUUCAAUGCUUCACAUCAAUUUUCAAAAACCUAGAUUUUCCAGGAUAGGGUAACCUAUCCCCCCAAAGGAUUGUUAAAAGUAAUUGUUAUUGACAGGUUAAAGACAUACUCGGCAUAGUCUAUUUGCCCGAUUUUCCAACACGCCAUUGGAGUCUGGUAGAGACUACAUUUCUGGUCCUGCAGGCCACCCUGAAAUGAAUAGCUCUCCUUUUAAAAGUCCAUUUGUUCACUCCUGUAAAUAUACUGAGCAAAAAAAUGGGCAGAAGUUCAAGAAGCUCAAGUUGCUGGCACAAUGGCAGGGAGCCAGCAGACUUCUGUGAACAUGAUUGAACUGGUGGUACAUUACAUGUAAUAUGCAUCAUUUAACACUGUGAAAUUUGCCUUCCAACAUUUGAGAUAAUAAUAAUAGCCUCUACCUGGCUGCUUUUAAAUAAAGUAGAAAUUGUUCAAAUAGACAGAAUAUUAUACCACAGGAGUACAAUUUGGUUGCAAAAUUCCCAGAUAACUCCCCUGGCACACAAUUCCACCAGUAAACCAAUAUUGAUGGGUGUGCUUGGUGGUGGUGGUGUGUGUGUGUGUGUUUAUGCCGCCUACAUUACGUUAAAUUCCAUAAGGCAAUUGAUCAAAAUUUGGUCACAUGGCUAUAAGUUUUCAGGAUGAAAUAGGGGUUCCAUGUAAAUGGCUAGAGAAGAAUAUGUACAUGUAAGUGGCUAUAUUAAAGCCUGCUAAGGAAGCUACUAUUUUACCAUAGCCUCCAGGAUCAGGGAAAAGAAGCAUGGUGCUAAUCUCAUCCUGAGGGUAGCUUGUUUAUCCACAACUAUCUCCCUUUAUCUGGUCGUGUGAGAUAACAAGACUGUGGGGACCAGAUUACAAGUGACAGUGGGUAUGCCAAGGCUGUGAUACGGAUUCCCAACAAACAUAGUCUUCUCAAUCGCUUGCGGCACACAAGUCAUUAGCAACAGGCAGGGUCCUGGUGGAGACAUGCUGUACCUUUCCCAAAGGUGGAUGGAAAAAUUCCAGCUCUUCCUCCAGGCAAGUUGCUGAUCAUUAGGAAGGUGUUCUCCUCUACAGAUUUGGAACAAAUUGUCAGAAAUUCACACUGUUUUUUUCCCCUUCAGACUGCAUCAAAUCAUUUCGUUGGUUCUUAGAUAAGAUGAAGCAAAAGUAUUUUUUGAUGACGAAAACAGAGGAAAACUUUUGUACGACCACAUUUACACUAAGACUGUGUCAUGUGUGUAGUCCCCCCCCUGUACUCCAUAAACAGAAAAGGUAAAUGUGUGUCUUCCAGUUUAACAAUGUACGUUUAAAUCUGAGAACUGACAAAUCAACUUGGUGUCCCUAGACUGCAGUCAGGAACUACAUACUCUGUAGCCUCUACCAGGCCUCUCUAAGGGGGUCAUAGGUAGUAGAAUUCCCUAAAAAUAGGAUGAAUGUAGUAAUUGGCCAGGAGAGUGAACCCUUUGAAAACUCCCCUGGCAAAUGAUUCACCCUAUUUGGCUAAAUUUCCAAAGUUUUCAGCCGGCACUGUUAGUCUGGUGGAGACGACAUGUUCUCAGGUUCAUCUCCAGUUGCUGCCUGUGAUUACAUCCAGCUGUAAGGAGACCAGUCUUUAAACUUCAAGGAUUUAGGGGAUUGAUGCCUUCAAGAAACAAACUUCCUUCCCACUGAAGACGUAAAUCCUUCCAGAAACAACUGGGCGACUCUGGAGUCUUGGCAGGAAGUUUUGGCACCUUUAUAUCGUGUGUGUUGUAGCUAAUCUUGCACCUAAGACCCUCCCAAUUCCUUCUGGCUGAGUAAGAAUGCCGAACUCAGCAGUGUCGAAUAACAGGCACCUCCCCGAUGCUACCCUGUUUGCAAAACAGUAUCUUCAGCCAGUUUUCAGACUCCUCCCUGCUGCCUAACAGAGAAUUGGUCAACAGACAGCUACUCCAAGUGCCCAUGGAAUCAGACCAAGCCACACCACAUCAUUUCCUGGCUACAACAUUCCUUCCCAUCUACUGUUUCUUCUUUUUCUUUGAAUCUAGCAACCAAGAAGAUAAACUGGUGCAACCUAAGCAGACUUCACCCAUCUACCAGUAUGACCUAGCGGCAGCCAGUGCCUAACAGGGUUGUUGCUAUUCCUAUUGGGUUGUCAACAAUGCAUUUAAUCUGUUGUAAUUGGUCCCAUGGGCCCUGUGGCAUCAGCUCAGACCAGCCCUGGCACUGAUACCUGUGUCUCCUCACCCCAUUAUCAGCUGCCACCCUCCAGCCAAACUAAUUUAACUUGUUGGUUAUCGGAAUUAAAAAGAUGGAGUCCUCAGCUGUUAACAGCAGUUGGGGCAAACAUUAGGACGUGUUGCGACACCCUCAUGUUCCAACAACUGAACCUCCAUGUAUGUUGCAACACCCCCUAACCCUCAGAAUGUGGGGACAUCAGAAUGUAGGGAUGUCCCCCUAAUAUCACCUUGCCAGAGAAACAAGGGGAUAACUAGGUGUGGCCUCCCAGCAGCUGAUGCUAUCUCCCCUCACUUUCUAGUGUCACUCUCCCCUAUGUAACUUGGGCUGGCAGGGCGGGAGCCUUAUCACACAGAGGGCCUCAUCAUCAACCUGCUGGAUUAGUGCCUGCACUUCUUCAGCCUUACUGUCCUGUCUCUGACCAAAACAACCCAACAGGGCAGGCACCAGGGCAACAGGUACAUACUGGAAAUCUUAAAAUAUUCAGACUGGAUUUAUUUUUGCAUUGACCUACCAAAAGCAAAUACAUUACACCCCAAAUGUACGUUCCCAAUGUUUCACUGCUACAUGUACAUCAAAAUACUUGAAACACAGCAAUAACCUUCAUUUUCCCUUCUACCUUAAUCACCUGUAAAAAUGAAUAAUAUUUACAGUAGCUACAGGUUGAGAGCAGAUGUAUGGCAUGCUCUGACAUGCUUAGGCCGACUUUAGACUGACGACGGUAUACGAUCGCACGACAAUCGUUGUGUGCGACGGCUGACU